CCCCCCCCCCCCCCCCCCCCCCUUCCCCCGUGUGUUAAUUAUUUUAGCCCCUCUCCCCUUUCGAUGUGCGGCUUUGGACAUGCGGAGGCUACUGCAACCGUGUUGGUGGAUCUUUUUCUUGAAAAUCACCAGCUCCGUGCUCCAUGAUGUGGUGUGCUUCCCCGCUCUGACUGAAGGUUAUGUUGGCUCUCUGCAUGAAAACAGACAUGGGAGUUCUGUGCAGAUACGGAGGCGAAAGGCUUCGGGGGAUCCUUACUGGGCGUACUCGGGUACCUAUGGUCCCGAGCACUGGGUUGCUUCCAGUGAGAAGUGUGGAGGGUCUCACCAGUCUCCUAUAGACAUCGUAGACCAUCUGGCCCACGUUGGAGAUGAGUAUCAAGAGCUGCAGCUUGAUGGUUUUGACAAUGAGUCUUCGAACAAGACUUGGAUGAAAAACACAGGGAAAACGGUUGCUAUCCUGCUGAAGGACGAUUAUUUUGUCAGUGGUGCCGGGUUACCAGGAAGAUUCAAGGCAGAGAAAGUGGAGUUUCACUGGGGUCAAAGCAACGGAUCGGCUGGCUCUGAGCACAGCAUCAACGGCAAGAGGUUCCCUGUUGAGAUGCAGAUUUACUUCUACAAUCCCGAUGACUUUGACAGUUUUGGAACAGCAGUUCUAGAAAACAGGGUAGUAGGAGCCAUGGCCGUGUUUUUUCAAGUCAGUCAGAGGGACAAUUCAGCACUGGAUCCCAUUAUCCAUGGGUUGAAGGGCGUCGUACAUCACGAGAAGGAGACCUUUCUGGAUCCCUUUGUGCUGAGGGAACUUCUGCCAACUUCACUGGGGAGCUACUACCGCUACACAGGUUCCCUGACUACUCCUCCGUGUAGCGAGAUCGUGGAGUGGAUCGUUUUUCGGAAGCCUGUUCCCAUUUCUUACCAUCAGCUGGAGGCGUUCUACUCCAUCUUCACCACUGAGCAGCAAGACCACGUCAAGUCCGUGGAGUACCUGAGGAAUAACUUCCGACCACAACAAAGACUGAACAACAGGAAGGUAUCCAAGUCUGCCGUGAAAGAUGCUUGGAACCAAGAUUUGACAGACAUCUUGGAAAAUCCACUCGGCACUGAAGCUUCCAAAGCUUGCAGCACUCCUCCAGUCAACAUGAAAGUGCAGCCUGUGAACAGGACGGCGUUACUGGUAACCUGGAACCAACCAGAAACCAUCUACCACCCUCCGAUCAUGAACUAUAUGAUCUCAUAUAGCUGGGCUAAAAAUGAAGAUGAAAAGGAGAAGACUUUCACUAAGGACAGUGACAAGGACCUGAAGGCCAUCAUUAGCCAUGUCUCACCUGACAUCCUUUAUCUGUUCAGAGUUCAAGCAGUUUGCCGAAAUGAAAUGCGUAGUGACUUUAGCCAGACUAUGCUCUUUCAAGCUAACACCACUCGAAUUUUCGAGGGGACCAGAAUUGUGAAGACAGGAGUGCCCACGGCAUCUCCUGCCUCCUCAGCCGACAUGGCUCCCAUCAGCUCCGGCUCCUCCACCUGGACCUCCUCGGGGCUCCCUUUCUCCUUCGUGUCCAUGGCCACAGGGAUGGGGCCUUCCUCCAGUGGCAGCCAGGCCACCGUGGCCUCAGUGGUGACCAGCACCUUGCUGGCAGGGCUGGGCUUCAGCGGUGGUGGCAUCUCCUCCUUCCCCAGCAGCGUCUGGCCCACCCGGCUGCCCACGGCGGCCGCCCCCAGCAAACAGGCAGGACGGCCCGUGGUGGCCACAACCGAGGCCGCUGCCGCCUCCCCGGGGCCAGAGCGGGACUCGGCACUGACCAAGGAUGGCGAGGGAGCUGAGCAGGGGGAGAAGGAUGAAAAGAGUGAAAGUGAGGACGGGGAGCGGGAGCACGAGGAAGAGGAAGAGAAGGAUGCUGAGAAGAAGGAGAGAAACAGGGCGACGGCAGCCGGGGAGGCGCGCAAUAGCACAGAGCCCGGCGUGGCCGUGGCCUCCCCCAACCGGACUGCCGAGGAAGAAGGAAAUAAAACCAUAUCGGGUGAAGAGCCAAACCAAAACGUUGCCCCCGCGGCUGGAGGUCCCGAGGAGGAGAGCUUGGAUGAAGCCGACACUCAGCCCCAGCCGCUCCCUUCCACCCAAGUGCCACCAGCGUUCACCGAUGAACUGUACCUGGGCAAGAUCCCAAGAAGACCAGAGACUACAAGAAAACCUCCUCCAAAGGAGGACAGGUUUCCAGAGGAAUACCCCUCAGAUAACAAAUUCAUCACCAUUAAUCCAGCUGGCAAGAACAGCUCCAGCAUGGCCACGAGACCUUCUCCCGGUAAGAUGGAAUGGAUCAUCCCACUCAUUGUGGUCUCAGCACUGACCUUCGUGUGCCUCAUUCUCCUCAUCGCUGUGCUUGUCUACUGGAGAAAGUGUUUUCAGACUGCUCAUUUCUAUGUGGAGGACAGCAGUUCCCCCCGUGUGGUCCCCAAUGAAAGUAUUCCCAUUAUACCAAUUCCAGAUGAUAUGGAAGCAAUUCCAGUCAAACAGUUUGUUAAACACAUCAGUGAGCUGUAUUCUAAUAACCAGCAUGGGUUCUCAGAAGACUUUGAGGAAGUGCAACGCUGUACGGCCGACAUGAACAUCACUGCAGAGCAUUCCAACCACCCCGACAACAAGCACAAGAACAGAUACAUCAACAUCCUGGCCUAUGAUCACAGCAGGGUGAAGUUAAGGCCUUUACCGGGGAAAGAUUCUAAGCACAGUGACUACAUUAAUGCUAAUUACGUCGAUGGUUACAACAAAGCAAAAGCCUACAUUGCUACCCAGGGACCUUUAAAGUCUACCUUUGAAGAUUUCUGGAGGAUGAUUUGGGAACAAAAUACUGGAAUCAUUGUCAUGAUCACAAACCUUGUUGAAAAAGGAAGAAGGAAAUGCGAUCAGUACUGGCCGACAGAGAACAGCGAGGAGUACGGCAACAUCAUCGUCACGCUGAAGAGCACAAACGUCCAUGCCUGCUACACCCUGCGCCGCUUCACCGUCAGGAACACGAAGAUGAAAAAGGGUCAGAAAGGGAACCCCAAGGGGCGGCAGAACGAGAGAACGGUUAUUCAGUAUCACUACACGCAGUGGCCCGACAUGGGCGUGCCCGAGUACGCGCUGCCCGUGCUCACCUUCGUCAGGAGAUCCUCCGCAGCCAGGACCCCGGACAUGGGACCAGUGGUGGUGCACUGCAGUGCUGGUGUUGGCAGGACUGGUACCUACAUUGUGAUAGACAGUAUGCUGCAACAAAUAAAAGACAAAAGCACAGUUAAUGUCCUGGGUUUCCUGAAACAUAUCAGGACACAGCGCAACUACCUCGUCCAGACAGAGGAGCAGUACAUUUUUAUUCAUGAUGCCUUGUUGGAAGCCAUCCUUGGGAAGGAGACUGAAGUGUCUGCAAACCAGCUGCAUAGUUAUGUUAACAGCAUCCUCAUACCUGGCAUAGGAGGGAAGACACGACUAGAAAAACAGUUCAAGCUGGUUACACAGUGUAAUGCAAAAUACGUGGAAUGCUUCAGUGCUCAGAAAGACUGCAACAAAGAGAAGAACAGGAACUCAUCAGUCGUGCCGUCUGAGCGUGCUAGAGUGGGCUUGGCACCGCUGCCUGGAAUGAAGGGAACAGAUUACAUUAAUGCCUCUUAUAUCAUGGGCUACUACAGGAGUAAUGAGUUCAUCAUAACACAACAUCCACUGCCACAUACGACUAAAGAUUUCUGGCGAAUGAUCUGGGAUCACAAUGCACAGAUCAUUGUCAUGCUGCCGGACAACCAGAGCCUGGCAGAAGAUGAGUUUGUGUACUGGCCAAGUCGCGAGGAAUCCAUGAACUGUGAGGCCUUUACUGUGACCCUUAUCAGCAAAGACAGACUGUGCCUCUCUAACGAAGAGCAAAUUAUCAUCCAUGACUUUAUCCUUGAAGCUACCCAGACGAUCUGUCACAGCCAUCUGGAUGGUGCUGCUGCUUCUUCUGCGGACUUCACCUCCAACACAGCAGAUCUGUAUGGAGCUGUGUCAGCGGGAACGCUAUGUGCCCUUACCACUCUGUCCCAGCAGCUGGAGAAUGAAAAUGCUGUCGAUGUUUUCCAGGUGGCAAAGAUGAUCAAUCUUAUGCGGCCUGGAGUAUUUACAGACAUUGAGCAGUACCAGUUUCUUUAUAAGGCAAUGCUAAGCUUGGUCAGCACUAAGGAAAAUGGAAAUGGUCCCAUGACACUGGACAAAAAUGGUGCUGUGAUGGCCAGUGACGAAUCUGAUCCCGCAGAAAGCAUGGAGUCUCUUGUCUAAUUGGAAACCUGAAAAGGCACUUAAUUUGUAGAACUUCUGAAGACUGAGUGAACUUUUUUGAGGCCUUUUUUGCCAGACUCUAGGUUAUACAAUAACCCAAUUACUUUUUUACACUGAUAAAAGUUUUGAUAUUUAUUUUUUGCCAUUUUAUGUCUUAAUGGUAUCCUACUGAGCAUUUGCACCUCUGUUUAUUUCACACAGUGAAACGCAAUUUUAUCUAGUUUGCACUAUAUGAUCAGUGUUACUGCCUAUAAUACUCUAAUACAAGACAAGCCCUGAUGUGACAUUCCAUGACAACAAACAUACGCUUUUUUUUCUGUUUUGUUUAAAUGCAGUGAAGUUUUGCUAACUACAGUGACCCUCGAAUCCUAAAUCUUGAAUGCUAGGUCAGAUGGAUUCUUUCUACAACAGAUACUGUACCCCUUCAUACCAUAUUUAUUAUUUAAUGAUCAUGUCACAGUUUUGGUAACGGUGUUCUGCAUUCCAUGGAGUGGAUGAGCAGUGUUCAUCCUUUCUUGACAAAACGUGGCAGGUGAUUAUUAGCUACGGUGAAGGUGUAACAGCCUUGUGGAGCUGAAACAAUUAUUUCUGUAUUGUUUCAAAUUGCUGUUUUGUACACUUACAGGCCUGAGACUUGCUUCACACGGAAUAUGUAAGUUACAUACAAUAUAAUUAUAAAUUAGAUGCAGUUCAUAUUUGGGACACAGUGAUAGGUUUUCAGUUUACAAUUUCGAAGUUUCCCCAUGUAAUCAGAAAAAUGUUGAUUUUGGUUUAUAACCAACCCUGUGAUGGGAAAGUAUUUUGGUUUUAUUCUCAUCAGAUCCAGUACAGUGAGAAAUCUACUGCAACCCAAAAUCAGAGCUGUUUUCAGAUAUAUAUCAAGGUAGCAAUAUUUUACAUUACUAAGCUAUUCAAUAUUUUAAACACAUCUAAUUUCCUUACUAUUUCUUGAAUAUGACCUCACACCUAAUGGUAUGUUACAUGAUGACAGGCGUUUCUUAAUUUCAUAACUGUUAGAUGCCAUUUUUACAGGUGUGUAAUUUUCAUACUUUAGUGCUAAAACAUAAAGUACUGAUCCAUAUUUACUGGUGAAGCAAACUAAUAAAAAAACUACCUAUAAAGUUACAUUCUCCCUCUUUUUUUUUUGCCAGACUAAUUCUUUAGCACAAACCUAGCUUAUUGUGUUUUCCCUCCCACACCAGUGAAAUGGUUUUCCCCAGAUUAUAUAAAUAAUUGAAUUAUUGUUUGGAGCAUUUAAGUAUACAGCCUCACUGGCUCCCUCUUCCUUUAUAUUUGGUCUUAAUUCAACAAGGUCCAUCCCUGUUUAACAAAAGAAGUAAGCACAUGCUUAAUUCUCCUUAAAAUUAAAGUUAAUCGUGUCCUUCAUAGCUCGGCUGACUAGGGAGGAGGGGUUAUUGAAUCUGCCUGGAAAAGGAAAUAUGUGAUUUCAGCCAUCCUGAUUUUUGGUGGACAGUUAAAGGCACUAUCCCUUAUAUAUAUGGCAUUAUUUUCUUUACUUCUGAAUUUCAGCUGCACAAAACAUGCAUUGUAAUUUUUCAGGACUUGUCAAAAUGUUACAGCAUAUUUUUUUCAUUUAAUACAGCCUAUCUUUUUUCACUUAAAUGUAAACCUAUUAAUUUCUGCCAGUCCAGUCUUGCUGAAAUACAGGCAUUUGGCAGGGUUCUGUGUAUUUUCCCUCACAAGGAAGCUGAAAGCAAACUGCUUAAAAGGUUAUUAAGAGUAGGUAUUUUGGUUCAGGACCUCUCACGAUGCAAACUGAUACAACCUCGCUGAGAGCAGAUGAGCUAUGCAAACUGGUAUGUGCUAAAAUCUGGCCUUUUAUCUUUAAUGAGAGAAAGAUUUCCUGAUUAAUUCAACACCAAAGUAUUCAAGAAUUCGUCAUCAACCUUUUACACAGUCGCCUUUCACUUCUCCGUUUGUUGAAUCCCUCUCCAUACAAAUGAUCCCAAUAACUGUUUAAGCUGAACAGGAUAAUAAGCCCGUGGUUUCAGUAAGGAAAUCUCAUGUCCAGCAACAGCUAGUCCAAAUAAAAAAUGUGCAGAAUGUUUCAAAAGGUUGUAGUUUGCAUCCCCUUUGCUCUGGGAUGAUUGCCUGGCACGGGGGAGGAAGUCAAUUAAUGUCUGGUAGGAGUUAGGACUGUCUCUCCAGUCACUACACCCCAGUAAACAGAAUUGUUUAAGUAAGUUUUCAAGUGCUGCUGCCUUCAAGGGCUGGAAGGUUUUGCUGAGUGGUCUGUUGGCCAGUGGGCCAUCAGCAUUAGAGGCUGGGAAGUCCCCCUGCACCCCCAGUAUUCAGCCUGGCCCCACGCAGUUCCAGGUGGUAGCACAAAGGGACUAACGAGUUGACUCAGUUCAAUCUGAAGUAUUUAAGUUCCUGGGGAGGUGUAGGGAUAAGUUAAGAAUUCAAACCCUGACAAGAGCUAAGUGACACGAAGAUUACUGCAGGCAUCAAGAGGGUUGGAUUUGUUCAGUACUUUCAGCUGAUUACUUUUCAUUUCACUGGCAUGAUGGAAGAUAACUGUGGUUCGUGACACACUGUCUGAAUACCCUUGGUUUAAUCCCUUACCUUCUCACAAGUUUUAAACAUCAAUGAAUGAAGGCUGCGGGGGUUGAACUUUGGUAGAUGCUUUGGAAAUCCAUGCAUUUGCAUUGGCAUUUUUUGACACCUGAAAUACUUUUGCUUGGGGUUUAAUCCAUGGGGAAAUAAUGUACACUGGUGGUCUAUGAGUUCUCCAUAGAUUUUUUUUUUUUUUUCUUGUAAAGAGGCUUGAGCUGUGUGUUAAGUACUGUGCUCACAGUCAGGUAGCCAAUAGAUGGUAGUGAUGCAUGAGGCUUGAAGUGGAUGAAGCUAGAAAUUGCUUGUGAAGGUCAGGACUAAGUGCACAAAAAGCCAAACCUACCCUACUGUAAGCAGCUGCAGCUCUGCUCUCUUACAUGGAUUUGCACCUCUCCCUGGACUGAGUGUCAGAAGGAGCGAGUGUCUGCUCAGAGAUGGGCACUCAUGAGCUCUGCUGAUGCUCCCACAAGUGUCUGGCCAAGGUCCUGCUCUGUGCAUCCCAACCUUGCUUUUGGGACAUCAACCCCCCACACUGUACCCACCCCUUGGCAUUCGGUCAGGAUGUCUUUCAAGCCAUGUCCGUCAGUCAGAGGUUCCCAGGCAAUGUGCAGGUUUGCAGAUUAAGAGAACCUGAGUAUAUCCCUGUGGUCCUCAGCACCAGCCCUGAGAACUGUGGAAGGACUGAAGCACACGAGUGCAUGUGUGUCUGCAUUUAGAAAAUACCAUUUCUCCGUGUCUUGCACGUGUACUGCGCCCGCAGACCAUGAGAGACACAAACGGUGCUGAGUCCGUAAGAGCAGCCAAGCUUUCCAAGAGGGAAUGCUUGGAAAGCUGCUGUACCACCUUAGCCUCCGAAAUGGGUGACAGUCUCAGCUGAAUGCCCCAUCCUACAAACAGUAUGUGAGCUUGGUGUCAGUAGGAAGGUCUGGGAGAGCCGGUGGGACUGCUCAGCUGUGCAGGGUAAGCACCGAUUCUUCUGUGGGACCAAGGUCUAAAGAACAUUCAUUUUAAACAGCAUUUGUCCUUAGUAUUUCAGUGUCUGUUUCCAAAUACUAAUUUAAGAACAGGAAAAAAAAUCCAAACCCCUUAAACUAUUUCUUGUGAGUGACUGUUUCUGUACUGUGGGUCUGUUCUAGGUCAGCAGUCAUUUACAUCAUCGGCAAAAUUUCAGUUGUUUUUCUGGUUUCUGACUGCUCAAAUUGUUUGAACCCAGAGUGAUACAUUGGGACAUUAGGAGAAGAAUCUUUAUGACACAGCACAACUGCCUUCUCAUUAAUCUUUCCUUUAAGAUGAUAUAUUUUAUUUAAAAGCUAAAAAAUAUAGAUAUCAAUUUUACCAAAGAUGCAUACUACUAAUUCUCAGCAAAACAAAACCAACUUAAUUUUAAGAAAAAAAUUAAAAUGUAGUUGUCUUAAGGAUUUAGCAGUCUUUCUCAAAUUCAUGUCUUCUGACAUCAGAUCUUGUGUUCUGAAGUUUAUAUUCAAAUGGUGCCAGUGAAUUUUUAUAUGAAGGGAAAAUGCCUAUUUGUUAAUCCACUGCAUUGCUUUUCUUCUUUUUCUUUUUCUCUUUUAAUUUUUUUUCAGACGUAAUUCACUGUUACCCCUUUGCUCUUCUUCUCUUUGUUGCCAUUCUAACAUGUGAACUACAUUGGCUUUACUUAUUAAAGGGGAAGGAAUGCAAAAAUAAAGAAAAAGAGGAACUGUAAUGAAGAGAUUUGGCCUCUACUUUGUCUUAGCUGUUAAACUGUUUUUAGUGUUUUUGUUAACUAUUUGCAAAGGGAAGCAUUUUCUACAGAGGAUAAUUAAUUUCAAGAAAAAUGUCUUGAGUUUUAAGAAUAAACGUCUCCAAAAGAGGAGAUAGUCAAUUUUAUACAAUGUCACAACUCUCCAACAUUUGGGGUAGUGACUUUUUUUGUUUUGUUAGAACACUUGAGACUAGCAAGCAGCCAUUGUUUCUAGAGACCGAAGCAUUCAUGUGUACUCCUAUUUUCUUUUCCUUCAUUUUUAAAAUAGCAAAGUCAUUAAAACUGUAAAUAUUUUGUUGCUUGGAUAAGCAUCUUCUGGGAACUUUGUAUCUAUGGUAUAUAAUCAUAGAAUUUUAUAUUUUCAUAUAAAGCUAAUUUUUUUCUAGUUUCACCUCCUUCCUAGUUCUGUGGUGGCUAUGUGAAUACAAACCUUCUGUGUAUCGAGGUAGUGAGACACCAUCAUCACACUCCAAAAAAGAUUUCCACACAUGUCAUUUCUUUGGGGCAGUGAUUGUGAAAGUUGGAUAUUUUUUUUGGAUUCCAUUGUCAGUGUGUGCAAUAGGAAUUAGACUUAGCCAGUCACUGGAUACGUUUGUCUCAUUGAUCCAUUCAGAAAAAAAAAAAAUAAAAAUGUGGUGUUUGGUUUGGGGAGAGGGUGGGAGGGAACAUUUUGAGGGAGAUUUUUUGUUCGUUUUUGUUUUUUGUUUGGGGGUUUUUUGUAACUUGAAGAAUCUUCUUUUUGUUAUGUUAAACUAUAUCAAAUCAUUCUAUUAUAGUGUUAUUUAAUAUGUAAAUUGUAUUGCUAUACAUAAAAUAAAGUAUGGUUUUUGAUGUA